CAAAUCAGUUUAACAGUUUCUCUCUCUAAAAAAUUGGAAUCUUUUAGUUUCUAUAUUUUUGUUCCGGACAAUAUUACCCCGAGCUCCCAAAUCAGGGACUUCGAUUCUAAUUUCUGACAAACUUCAAACCAGUAGUCAACCGAGUCGGAUAAAUGAAAGCGGUUAUUGGUCAACAGCAUGCUUAGCGAACGACCCUGACUGCGAAGUAGGAAUGGAUUUGGAAGAAGGAGUAGGCGAGUCGUCGUCUCCGCCGAGGGCCUUAGGCAGCGUCGGCGGUGGCGUAGGUGGAGCUAAAGACGUACGGACCAACGUGUACAACAAGCUGCUGCAGAUAGGUAAUGUGGAUGUGAUUAGCGACCGGGUUCUUCUCCGCGAGCAGCUGGACGCGCACUUCAAUAGCUUGCCUUACAGAUAUUUGCUGGAUAUAAAUAUGGAUAGAGUAGAAGACGUGCUCUUGCAUCAGGAUCUCCUUGCAAGGGCAAAGAAUCCUGAUAAGAGGCCUGUUUACCAUGUUCGAUUUCUAGAGUUGAGUGCUGGGACUACUAGAUUUGAUGAUACAACUGACCAACAAAUUUCAAAUCCAGCAUCCACUUCAAAGGUGCUUUACACAAUUGGUAAUGAAGCGAGUGGUCCUUCCCAUAGCAGACGAGAUAUUUCAUGCAUUCCAAUUCAUGAAGUAAUAUUUUCAACCUUAGACAAGCCAAAGCUUCUCAGUCAGCUCUCUGCGUUGCUUUCCGACAUUGAACUUAACAUCCGUGAGGCUCAUGUGUUUUCUACAAGUGACGGCUACUCUUUAUCUGUAUUUGCGGUGGAUGGAUGGCAUGUUGAGGAAUCAAAAGGAUUGCUUGAAGUGUUGGAGAAGGCAAUUGAUAGAAGGAAGGAGUGGUUUUCUGUAUCUGCAUGUGAUCAAUCUUAUAUAGAGAAAGCUAUUUGCAUUAAAGAAGAAUGUGGAGAUUGGGUAAUUGACAGAAGUUCGCUGGAGAUAGUGGAACGGAUAACAAGUGGAUCCGGUUGUGUUUUGUAUCAUGGCAUAUAUCAUGGUGUUGAAGUUGCAGUGAAGGUUCCUAUAUCUAAGGAUUUAAAUCAGGAACUGGUAAAUCAAUUUGCACAAGAAGCUAAUAUUUUAAGGCAGUUACAACAUAAAAAUGUUGUCAGAUUCAUUGGUUCCUGCUUCAAAUCUCCUCAGUUGUGGAUUGUCACGGAGUAUAUGCCCGGUGGCAGCUUGUAUGACUACUUGCGUAAGUGCCAUACUGUUUUGAAGCUCUCACAACUGUUGAGGUUUGCAAUUGAUAUCUCAGAAGGAAUGGAGUACCUGCAUCAAAAUAACAUAAUUCAUAGAGAUCUGAAGACAUUAAAUUUGCUCAUGGAUGCACAAAAUGUUGUGAAAGUGGCAGAUUUCGGCCUUGCUCGGUUUCUUAAUAAAGAGGGUGUUAUGACAGCUGAGACUGGAACAUAUAAAUGGAUGGCACCUGAGGUCAUGACACAUAAGCCAUAUGAUCAGAGUGCGGAUGUAUUCAGCUUUGCAAUUGUCCUUUGGGAGCUUUUAACAGCCCAGGUACCGUAUGGCAAAAUGCUUCCUGUAUCAGCAGCCUUGAAUGUCACAAAGGGUCAUAGACCAGAAUGUCCAAAUAACACACACCCAAAGCUGCUCGGUUUGAUACAUAGAUGUUGGGAAACAGUUCCUGAAAAGCGACCCUCCUUCUCUGAGAUAAGAGCAGAACUUGAAGAACUCCUACAUGAAGUUGAUAAAACAGUGGAUGACACAGGUGUAUCAAAGGAAGGAUGACUGCGCUCAAUUAAUGGUUCCACUUCAUAUUGCAUCUUGACAGUACUUAACACAUGGAAGUUUGUAUAUUUGGAAUGUUGGAUGAAAGAUAAUCUGUCUUUUCCCCCUUUCCCUAGACUGAAACACGACAGCAUUAAUUGUAGUCAGUAAGUAAUGAGGUCACAAAUAGCAUGAUUUUAGUGCUGACGCACCACAAAGAGAGUAUAGGCACCUUUAGGACUAGGUCUGUCCGCGGUUUGAACCAGAUCCGAAUAGCUGGUUUCCAGUUUCGAAAAUCCCCCAACCUGACCAAAAACCACACGUAGCGGUUCUAGUACAGUUCCAGUGGUUCUUGUUUUGGUUCUGGUCCAGUUCAGUAGCUUUUUUUUUUUUUGCCUUCUAAAUAUUUGCUCCAUCUGUAAUUUUCCUCCGGAAUUCCGGAUAUUUGGCCUAUCCUAUGAAUUACUCCGUAUAUAGUAAGUUGCCAAUCACUUUAAAUUUGGUCUCAUAAAGAGUGGAGUAAUUAAUGGGUGAAGCAUAAGGAGGAAGCGGUCUGAAAGUUUUGGUCCAUUCUUCUCCAGGACCUCUACUCACUUUAUAUCCACAUGACCACAUAAGGAGUAAGCAGGAGGGACACAGAGCAGCUGCAGGCACUUGUAGAGAUCAGGAGACCCGCGCAUGUUGUUUUGAACUCCUAAAUUCUGGUUUGUAACCGGAACCGUUCGAAAAUGAACUGGAAUCAGCAGUUCCUGGUUCCAACUUUGUAAAAAACAGAACCACCCCUAUAAACCACAGGUCAUAAAACCGUGACCUUUAUUGGAUUUUGAUUUUGGUUCAGUUAAAAACCCCUGCUUCUGGUUAAAGUGGAAACCGGAAUAGGUCUACUUAAGACUUUUGGAGUUGGGACUACUAUGGAAAAUAUAUUACAGUAUGUGCUAAGAAAGUCUAAUAUGUUAAUAGUUUUCUAUAUCAAAAGAUUACGCUCAUAGUAAUAUUAAUAUUGAUUACGAACGUUUCUUUGGUUUAUAUUCUUAUCUUUUUUUUUUACAUUCCAGAAAUUCCAAUUCGUUCAUCAAUUUAAGUCAAACUUACCUGCAAAAUGGGCUCAAGAUUAGAGAAAACAUGGAUGCACAAUAGUGUGUGUGUAUAUACUUGGAUUAGUUGUAUAUGUAUGUAAAUAACUGGUGUUUUGCCCACCUGGCCACCUGGGCACUGCCCCAGAGUAGUGUUUAUAAUUUAAUGUUCAUAUUUGACUUUAUGGUAUAAUUAUAAAUUGUUCUUAAUUUUGGUGAAUAUAUGUAAUUUGGGUAAAUGAUUUAAUUUGCGAAAGCUUCUU